AUGGAUACUGAGGCGAUCGAUAGCGAAAAGAGGGCCGCUACAACACCAACCCUAACCCCGACCCCCCCAAACGAGCCCGAAGGCUCUUUCGCCGCCUACAGGCGAAUCUUCACGUAUGCUGGUCCUCUUGAGCACUCCUUACAGGCAGUCGCAUCCUUCGCAGCCGUUUGCUCUGGUGCCGGCAUCGCCUUCCAACCCCUCAUUGUAGGCCAGUUCAUCACCAGUGUCACCGACUUCACAUCCUCGCCAGCCUCGCCAUCCUCGCAAUCGCGACUUCGCUCCGAAGCUUCCAGACUCGCUCUCUACUUCGUCUACCUCGGCAUCGCCCGCUUCGCCCUAUCCUAUAUCUACAACACGCUUUUCACCCACACGGCUCACACCAUCACUCGCAAUAUUCGGCAUGAAUAUGUGAAAUCGGCGCUCAGCCAGGAAGUGGCAUUCUUCGAUCAGGGGACUGCUGGCUCGAUUGCAACCCAAGCCACGUCCAACGGUCGCAUGAUCCAGGGUGGAAUCAGCGAGAAAAUCGGUCUUGUCUUCCAGGGCCUCUCGGCUUUCCUCACUGCUUUCAUCAUUGCCUUGGUGGUUCAGUGGAAGCUGACACUGAUAUGCCUCUGCAUUGCUCCGGCGACUCUGGUUGUCAAUGGUGUGGCAGGCGGGCUCAUGGGAGGCUACGAGAACCAGAUCCUCGAGAUCAACUCGAAGGCGAACGCCUUCUCGGAGAGUGUUCUCUCGAGUGUGCGGACGGCGCAUGCCUUCGAGAUUCGAGACCGGCUGGUCGACAAGUUUGAUGGGUAUCUGUGCGCUGCUCAUGAGGUUGGCAGCAAGCUUUCGAUCAUCUUUGGCAUCUUCUUCUCCGCGGAGUACUGUAUCGUCUACCUGGGCUACGGGUUGGCCUUCUGGCAAGGGAUCCGCAUGUUGUCCGCAGGGGAGAUUGUGGAAACCGGAGACAUCUUUACUGUCAUCAUGUCGGUCAUCAUUGCGGCGACACAGCUGACCAUGCUUGCGCCUUACAUGGUCGACUUCACCCGGUCCGCGACGGCGGCGUCGAUGCUAUUCAACUUGAUCGAUCGCAAGUCCGAAAUCGAUCCCUAUGACCAGACCGGGCAUCAGGCAUCGGAGGUUGUAGGGGAAAUUGAGUUCGACGAGGUUACUUUUGCCUACCCGACUCGGUCUGAAGCGAAGAUCCUGGACCGAUUCUCCAUGAGAGCGCAGGCGGGCAAGGUCACUGCCCUGGUGGGUCCAUCUGGCUCGGGAAAGAGUACAAUUGUCGGCCUUUUGGAGCGCUGGUAUAACCCCCAGUCAGGAAUCAUCAAACUAGAUGGUCACCCAAUCGACCAAUGGAAUCUCGCCUGGCUCCGGAAAAUGGUCCGUCUCGUGCAGCAAGAGCCAGUCCUGUUCCAGGGCACGGUCUUUGACAAUAUUCAACACGGACUGGUUGGUACCAAAUGGGAACAUGCCCCGGAAGCUGAGCAAAUGGAACGAGUCCAAGAGGCAGCCACCAUGGCCUUUGCGCACGAUUUCAUCGCCGACCUCCCGAACGGGUACCAUACCGAGAUCGGUCCCCGUGGCGGUCGUCUGUCUGGCGGACAAAAGCAACGGAUUGCAAUUGCCCGAAGUAUUGUUUCUCAGCCUAAAGUGCUGAUCCUGGACGAGGCCACCAGUGCUCUGGAUCCGCAUGCCGAAAGUGUGGUUCAGAAGGCCUUGGAUAGGGCUUCCGAAGGCCGGACUACCAUCGUCAUUGCGCACAAGCUUGCGACCAUCCGAAAGGCCGACAACAUCAUCGUGAUGAGAAAGGGGUGCAUCGUCGAGCAGGGAACACACGAUUCCUUGCUGGCACGGGGCGGCACAUAUGCACAACUUGUGAGAGUACAGGACUUGGCUGUUUCCAGUCCUGUUUCCAGUCCUGUUUCCAGUCCUGUUUCCAGUCGCGAAUCGUCAUCGAACCCAGAGUUGGAACCUUCCAAUACCGAUGCCUCGAAAGCAGAUACUGUGACCAAAUCCUUGCCUCCAAUCUCAUACGCCUCGGUUGACAGCAACCAUGGAGACACGCCGCAGAAAGAGUAUGCCAACUACGAUGACCACAAGCAGCGAAAUAUCGUUUCCGUCGUCUAUCGUCUUCUCCGAGAGACCCCCGAGCUUCGAGUCGUGUACUGUCUGGUUUUCACUGGAUGCAUCGUCGGUGGAGCCACGUUCCCUGGCCAAGCGAUUCUGCUAUCUCGAGUUGUUGACAUCCUCAGCCUGCCGUCAUCGGAAUUAGAACACCAGGGAAACUUCCUUGCUACCAUGUUCAUCGUGCUUGCGGCCGGCUGUCUCGUGUGUUAUUUCAUUCUCGGCUACGCCACCAACACGGUUGCGCAACAUCUCGGCCACAAACUGCGGCGACAGAGUCUUCAUAACAUGCUGCAGCAAGAUCUUCAAUUCUUCGACCGCGCGGAGAACCGCACCGGCGCCCUGGUUGCGCGCGUGGACUCGAACCCGCAAGCGAUCCUCGAGCUGAUGGGCUACAAUGUCGGACUGGUCUUGAUCGCCGCCCUGAAUCUGGUGGCAUGCUCUGUCUUGGCCCUGGUGUACUCGUGGAGACUCGGGCUGGUCGUUAUCUGCGCCGGCCUCACGCCACUGGUGGGCUCCGGCUACUUGAAGAUCCGGCUUGACGCGCAGUUCGAUCGUGAUGCGUCGAGGCGCUACCUGAACAGCGCGUCCAUCGCGUCGGAGGCGGUCACUUCGAUGCGCACGAUCGCGGCGCUGGCCAUCGAGCACACCGUGCUGGAGCGAUACACCCGAGAGCUGGAUGCAGCGGUCGCAGACCUGACGCGUCCGCUACUCACGGCGAUGGCGAGCUUCGCCUUCACCCAGUCGGCCGAAUCCUGGUUCCUGGCGCUCGGCUUCUGGUACGGAUGUCGCCUGCUGUCGCGGGAGCAGGUCACCCUGUCCGCCUUCUUCGUCGCGUUCCUGGGGGUCUUCUUCUCCGGCCAGAGCGCUGCGCAGCUCUUCCAAUACUCCACCAGCAUCACCAAGGGCGUCAACGCCGCCAACUACCUCUUCUGGCUGCAGGACCUCCAGCCCAGCGGGCGGGCGACCGAAGAAACCCGCGACGACAAUGGCCCCGGCGCAGCAGCAGCAGCCACCAUGGAUCUGGACCACGUCCAGUUCGCCUACCCUCUCCGACCCGAGAUCCCCAUCCUCAAAGGCCUUGACCUCAGCCUCAAGAAAGGCCAAUUCAUCGCCCUAGUCGGCGCCUCCGGCAGCGGAAAAUCCACCGUCAUCGCGCUGCUCGAGCGAUUCUACGAUCCCACCACCGGCGCAAUCCACCUCGACGCCCGCCCGCUCCCCAGCUACCCCCGGCGCCGCUACCGCGCGAUCGUCGCGCUCGUCCCGCAGGAACCGGAUCUCUUCCCCGUCUCCAUCCGCGAGAACAUCGCCUUCGGCCUCACCCCGGGCCCACGCCACGCCGACACUCCCACCAGCCCCGGGGCCGGCCCCGAGAAGACCAAGACCGACGAGCAGAUCGAGAACGCCCUGCGCGCAGCCCACGCAUGGGACUUCGUCGCCUCGCUCCCGGACGGCCUGGCCACCGUUGUAGGCGGUGGUGGCGCGGGGGCAGGGUCGCAGCUCUCUGGCGGCCAGCGGCAGCGCAUCGCCAUCGCGCGCGCCCUGGUCCGCGACCCGAAGCUGCUGCUGCUCGACGAGGCCACUAGUGCCCUCGACACGGCGAGUGAGCGCGCGGUGCAUGCGGCGCUUGCAGCCGCGGCCGCAACCAACAAGAGUGGUGGGCGGAUUACCGUCGCUGUGGCGCAUCGGCUGAGUACCGUCCGGCAGGCGGAUGUGAUUUGUGUGGUGCGCGACGGGCGCAUCGCGGAGAUGGGAUCCCAUGCGGAGUUGGUGGCCAGGCGGGGGCUGUAUUGCGGGAUGUGUGAGGCGCAGCAGGCUUUGGAUUAG